AAUGCCGUUUUUGUUUACAAAACAUCUGCCAGUGGCGCGAAAACUGAAUCGCAUCUGUUGAUCGAACGUUCUGUGGAGUCGUGUUUCGCUAAAUAAAUUAAUUUUAAAACAUUUAAAAUGCCAGAGAAAGAUGAAACCAGUUCAAAAGUGAUUGAAAAGUUCAAUCCCGAAUCGAUGCAGGAUUUGCUUCCCAUCUACUAUAAACGGCUGUUCCCGCACAUGCAAUUUUACCGAUGGAUGUCAUAUGGCCUCUCGGAACCAUCCGUAUUCACGAACCGCGAGUUCUCGUUCACCCUACAAGACGACAUCUACAUCCGGUACCAAUCGUUCGAAAACCAAUCCGAGCUCGAGAAGGAAAUUUGCUCCAAGAACCCGUUCAAGAUCGACAUUGGCGCAGUCUACAAUGUGCGGCCCAAAGAUCACCGGGCUAGCACCGUAAUGAAACCGGUCCAGCGUGAACUGGUAUUCGAUAUCGAUAUGACGGAUUACGACGAGAUUCGAACAUGCUGCAAUGAGGCGAAUGUUUGCACCAAAUGUUGGAAGUUCAUGACCAUAGCGUGCAAAAUUAUCGACGCUGCCCUGAGGGAAGAUUUUGGCUUUGAGCAUCUGCUGUGGGUUUUCAGUGGUCGGCGAGGUAUUCAUUGCUGGGUUUGUGACAAAUCUGCGCGCCACUUGGACAGCAAGGGCCGCUCUUCGGUUGCGGAAUAUUUGCACAUUUUGAUCAGCGGCGGCGAAGGAUCCGUGACACGGGUCACUUUGGGCGAUCGGAUGCAUCACUCCAUCAAGCGAGCCCACAAGAUAAUCGAACCAUUCUUCGAGGAGAUUUGUUUGGUAGAACAGAACAUGUUCGGCACCCCGGACGGGUUGAGAAAGCUCCUGGCCAUGGUUCAAGAUGAAGGUGUGCGACUUGAUUUGGACCGGAAACUGAAACCCCACGUUGGAAAUUCCAAAGCCCUGUGGAAAGCUUUUGAAGCCUUUUUCGAAAGUUUGAGGGUGUCCGGUCAGAACAAGGGUCGAAGGUUCAAGCACAUCAUCGAAGAAACGCAACUGGCAUUCACCUAUCCCCGAAUCGAUAUCAAUGUCAGUAAGGGAUUCAACCAUCUGCUGAAGGCGCCAUUCUGCGUACACCCGAAAACAGGGAAGGUGUGCGUUCCGUUCAACCCGAAUGUGGCGGAGAAGUUUGACCCGACGCAAGUUCCUAACAUAACAGUGCUACUAAACGAAGUGAGUGCAUUCGAUCAGAAACAGACUGCCGGUGGCGAGGAGGAACGGUCCCGGAUCAAGGACUACAAGAAGACCAGUAUGUUCAAGGGAACGGUAAUCUUUGAGGAAUUCCUGCGGAAACUGGAGCAAACGUUCAAGGGCAAAGCGAUCGUAACGAGUGACAAGAAGAUGGAGUUUUAGGUUGUGCAGGAUACACUCUUUAAGGAUUAAAUAUAAGAAAUGUAAAAGUA